CAUGCACUCGUGCCACAGUUUAAAAUGGCGGAUUAGAUACUGAAACAUCCGACGUUAAUGAAAUGGACCAGUUGUUAUUAGACGCUAAACGCCUGGCAUCUCGUCUUCGUGAGCAUAAUGCCUCGUCAGAUGCACUCAUUGGCCAAGCAAACAAUUUACACUUUAAAGUGGAUGCUAUGAAGCAGUAUCAUGAUGUUGUGAGAGACCUUAAUGAGGUGGCAAAUCGUAGGCCUCGCAGCACACUUAUCUUAGGAAGCCAGGAAGAGAAUGCUCGUAUACGGGAAUUACAACAGGAAAACAUUGAACUUCAGACUUCAGUGGCUGAAUAUCAAUCUGCUCUGGAACUCAUCAUGGCCAAAUAUAGAGAACAGGUUUUUGGACUGAUCAAAGCAAAUAGACUCGAUGCAAGUUGCAUGAAGUUAAAUAAUUACAAGGAAUUACAAGCUAAAACUGAGCAAAUCUGUGAAAUGGCAGCUGUUAUGGCACAAGCAAUCUACAUAGAUGAUGAAGCCAUUCAACAGGAGCAAGAGAAAAUGGCUUCCAUUGAGUCAGAAAACAAAGGCCUUAGAGAACUGUUAAAGAUAAGUGGAAUACCAUUCCCUGCAACAGCAACUAGUGAAGAGGAGGCUUCACCUAAGAACGAACCUGACAGUACAUGUACAUCAACUCCUAAAGAAUAAAUUAUUUGUUUACGAUGCAAGAUGGUCACACUUCAUCUGAAAAACGGUGUUCACUGUAUGCUGUCUCACAUAAUUUUGACUUUCCAAAUCAUGAACUGUCUUCAAAUUAGUGCAUAUAAAUGUAUGUACAUAAUGCAAUCCAAGAAACUGCUGUCCAAUCAACUUCAAGUUAAAGUGAACAAACUUGGUCAUGUUCAUCUUGUGGUGUACUCACGUCAAAGGUUGACCCUGCGUAAAAGCACUGUUAAGUUAUAAUUGUUUGUUGCCUUCUAAAGUUUAAUGUCUGGGGACAAAUGGGAAUGCAGUGACAGGUUAUGGGCAGUUU